AAUCUGUGGAAUCAGAAUCAUCGCAUUCUGUGUUUUGGUUGAGACUUCGCCACUCGUCUCAGCAGCGGAGCGGUCCCUUUUCCUUUCUCUUUCGCUGCUUAGUCCAGCAUAGCAUAGCAUAGCCGUUUCUGAACUUGAGAAAAAUGAGAGUUGUGCAGCUAGGAACACGAAACGUUUCUCCUUAUUUUCUAAAAGACCAUGAAAAGAAGUUACUAGAAAACGCUUCCAAACAAAAGGUCAGAAGGAAAGUUAGGUCUCGUGUGGUGUCCCCUUAUUUUCAGAAUCACCACAUGGAAUUGGAAGCCGUGGCCGAAACCAGUAAUUUCAAAGCUAGAAAUUACUUUCCGAAUAAGCAAGAGGAUGAGAGGAAUGUUUCUCCCUAUUUUCAAAAAUCAGUUAUCACAGAAGAAGAGGGAAAUGAGGCAGAAACGUCUAAUCUUAAAGUCAGAAAGGUUUCCUGUUAUUUUGGAGAAGCUCCAAAGAUUUCUCCUUGUUGUUUCCAAAAUGAAAUUGGGAAAAUGUCAGUAGAAUCAGCAGAGAAUGGUUAUGGCAAUGGGGUUGAAAUUAGUAAACCUGGAAUUAGAAGUGUGAAUAAUAACUUCAAAAACGAGGCUGAAACUUGUAAUCUUCAAGGUAGAAAGGUCUCCUCUAAGCACAUUGGAAAAGCCAAGGAUAAGCGAAAAAAUACAACUCUUUCAGCUUCUCAGAAGUGGGACGAAGCUUAUAGAAAAAGAACUCCGGAUAAUACAUGGGUGCCACCGCGGUCUCAUUUACAUCUUAUUCAGGAGGAUCAUAUUCGCGACCCUUGGAGAGUGUUGGUGAUAUGCAUGCUACUCAACAUCACUACUGGUCGACAGGUAAGAGCAGUUAUAUCAGACUUUUUCAGGUUAUGCCCUGAUGCACAAACCUGCACUCAAGUAUCAAAAGAUGAAAUCGUGGAGGUAAUACGGAAACUAGGCUUACAUAAGAGGGCAGCUAUGCUACAACGCUUUUCUCGAGAAUAUUUGGAGGAAAAUUGGACUCAUGUAACUCAGUUACAUGGUGUUGGCAAGUAUGCUGCUGAUGCAUAUGCCAUAUUUUGUACGGGAAAAUGGGAUCGAGUGACACCCUCAGAUCACAAGCUAGUUAAGUAUUGGGAAUUUCUUCGUCUUAUCUAUCAAGAUUAAUUUGUGAAAGACUUUGGAGCUGAAUGUCGUUGACGCGAAAAUCUCAACUUGCCAUUCGUUUGUUAUUUUUCUUUAUCUUUCUUGUGUUGGGUGUAAAUUAUCUUUUUCUUUUUGGAAGAAUGAAUUCCAAGAGUGAGUUACUAGCAUUUCUCCCUGAUAAAUCUGCAAUGUUUAGAAGAAUACUUUGUUUUGAAGUUUCAUCAAGCAAGUCUAGCAACAUUUGCAAAGGAAUUUACAGAUGAUGCAUCAAUACUAGAAUCUUAUUUAUAUGCAUUUUUACUGACUGCAAGUUAUAUGAAAUCAUGUACUGUUGGAAGAAAGUCAGUAUUCAGCUAAUUUAUUUUCUUUACA